AUGAAUUCAACCGAUCAAAAUCAUGCUCCAACUGCAAGUAGUCAAGAUGUGGGAGGUUCGGGUUCUAAUCAACAAAAUACCGAUUCUGUGGAUCAACAAGAUGGGACAAAUAUUAAUGAUACAGUUUUUGAUGAAGAUGGAGAUGAAGUUGUUGGUUCGAAAAUGGCAACGCGUUCACUGGCAUGGCAACAUUUUAUAAAAUUUAAUUUGAAUGGUGAAGUUAAAGCAAGAUGUAAAUAUUGCUCUAAAGUGUUGGGUGCAGAUAGCAAGAAUGGCACAAAACAUUUACUUGCACAUCAUAAGCGUUGUAUACACAAACCUUUUACAGAUAUCCGUCAGUCUAUCUUGGUGCACGAAAAAAAGAAAGUAGAUGUUCCUGGUUCAUCUUCAUUUGGUUCUAGUAUCUCUUCUGGUCAUCGUGUUGGAUUCAAAAAGCUCUUAUCGGAUAUUGCUUCUAUUACUAGAGAUGAUGAUGAAUCAGGAGCUUUCAGCACAAGUGGAAGAUUAGUAUGUCCUCAUCGUAAUCGACUUCAUCCAAAGACAUUGGAGGCUUUAAUGUGUGCUCAAAGUUGGUUGUUGAAUGAAAUUCGAGCAACUUGUUCUGAAGAGACGGAGGCAUAUUGCCGUUCUGUUGAAUUUGAUUAUGAUGUGGAAGAGGAAAACACUAAAGAAAGCGGGACAACAAGUUUGGAUGAUUUUGUUUGAUUUUGAGUUUGUAACUUUGUUUUAAUGUUAAGUGGUAAUGUAUUAUUGUGAUGAAUUAGUUUUUAAUGUUGUGUACUUGGGUGUUUUGGUUGAUUGGUUGAUGUUACAAUAUUAGACUAUUAGUAAUUUCUAUUUGGUUAAAU